UUCAGUUACUCUGCUCGAGCGCGACGUGAAACACACACGCGUUAUUAUACUAUAUACAUCCAUACAUACAUACAUUAAUACAUAUAUAUACAUAUAUAGAUAUAUAUUACUCAAUCAUCGUGAGUUGUAAUACUUAUUAUAAAAACAACAAUACUUAAAAUUAAUAUUCUUUUUUUAUUACAACUAAUAAGUCUUUAAAGUAUACAGAGACAUUAUUUAAAUUAAACCUUAAUUUGAAUUUGUGUUGAUAAUAAUAAAAGUUUAAAUUUAAGUGACAUUCACCCACGUGGAAACAGUAAAUAAAUAAAUAAUAAAUUUAUCGUUCAUUAAAUUUUUUUUUUUGCAAUAACAACUAAAAUUAAAUUUUAUUAAUUAAAAAGUGCGCGUGUGUGUACGUGUGUGUGCUUGUGCGUUUGCGUCUGCGUAUGUCUGUGUCUUACACAAUUGUUGAUAUUUUUUUUAAUUAUGAAAACUUUAUUGUGACCACAUGUGAAAUAACAUUUUAAAUAAAAGUUAUUAUUUUAAUAUUUAGAUACAUAUCAAUAAUACCAGCAAAUAUCAUCAUUUUUUAAAAUUAAAACUGUAUAAAUAUUUUUUUUUUUAAAUUAAAAAAUAAAAAAAAAUACCGAGUAUUGUGAAUUGGAAUUUCCGCAUUGUAAUACUUGGCCCUCAGUUUUUUUUUUUUUUUUUUUCUCUCCAACGUUCGUAUUACAUUAUGAUGCCAACCGUUAACGUCACGCAAUCAUACAAAAGUGAUAACUCAGUGUUGUGAAAGAACAAAAACAACAGUAUUCAAAAUUAUUAUUGAUUUUGAAUUUCAGCGGUGAAAACUGGCGAAAACCGGAAGUGAGGGCGCUAACAAAAUUGCGCCGCGACCACCGAUGGCGGCGGCGAGCUUUCCACCCAACUUUUCCAACGUCGGCGUAAUCGAGAACUGCGCUGGCAUGGAGGCUGCAAAUGGUGCGAUAGAUCAUGAUUUUCAUAAUACUUUAGUACCAAUAAAUGGCAGUCAUUCUGGUAGUUCUGGUAGAAGUACACCCAAUAGUGGAGACCCAGCACCAGGUAAAUUAUUUGUCGGUGGACUUUCAUGGCAAACGAGUAGUGAAAAACUUCGAGAGUAUUUUGGAAUGUUUGGUACUGUCACAGAUGUAUUAAUAAUGAAGGAUCCCGUCACUCAGCGAAGCCGUGGAUUUGGAUUUAUAACGUUUGCUGAACCUGGAAGUGUAGACAAAGUAUUAAAAUGUCCAAUUCACACUUUAGAUGGUAAAAAAAUAGAUCCAAAACAUGCAACUCCAAAAAAUCGAGCUAAACAAGCAAAUCGAACUAAAAAAAUAUUUGUUGGUGGUGUAAGUCAAGAUACAAGCAGUGAUGAAGUUAAAGCCUACUUUAAUCAAUUCGGUAAAGUUGAAGAAACGGUAAUGUUGAUGGAUCAACAAACAAAACGACAUCGUGGAUUUGGAUUUGUAACAUUUGAAAAUGAAGAUGUUGUUGAUCGAGUAUGUGAAAUUCAUUUUCAUACAAUUAAAAAUAAAAAAGUUGAAUGUAAAAAAGCCCAACCUAAAGAAGCUGUACAACAAAGUGCAUUGGCAUUGGGUAAAAGAGUUGUAUUGGGCGCAUUAGGUGUACGUUUAGCGCCACAACCACAACUUCAAGUAGCAACAGCAUCACAAAUUGUUGCAGCACAAGCACAGGCUCAAGUACAGGCAGCAGCUGCCGCAGCAGCCGCUGCUCAAGUACAAAAUGCUGUUGCUGGUUAUGGUAAAUUAUUUGCAAGCAGUUAUCCAGCAUUAUCGGCUUAUCGAUAUGCACCAUAUCCAAUUCCUGCAGCAGCUGUUGCUGCACCACCACAACCUCCAGCACCACCACAAGCUGGAGCAACUGCCCCACAACAAACUGCUGCCGCUCCUGGAAAUCCAUAUCAAGGAUAUUCACUUACAAAUGUUGACAUGUCUAGUUUUCAGGGCGUUGAUUGGGGAUCUAUGUAUGGUAUGGGUAUGUACGUCUAAACCCAACAACAUUAUCAGUAAUUCUUCUCAUCUUGAUUGACCCAUUGAGUUUCGGGCCAAUUACUAAAACCAGUCAUUGUCAUCAAGUCAUCAUCAACCUCGAUGUCGUCAAUCAUCUCAGAUCAACAAAAUACUGACAUCCAUCACUGGAUUUAUCUAAAGCUGCAAGUCUGAUUUUUAGUUUCUUUUUCUUUUUCUUUUUAAAUUAACUUAUUCUUUAUAAAUUUAUUUUUUUAUUAUUUGAAAAUUUAUUAUUCUGGUCUGAGUCACAAUUUUUAUUUAUUUAUUAUUAUUAUUAUAAUUAUUUUUAACAUUUGGCGAUACUUAAUUAAUUUAACGAUUCGAUAUCUAGUUUAAAAAACGAAUUAACUUUUUUUUUUCGUCUAUAUCUAUAAAUAUUUAUUAUUUAAUAUUAAAACAUAAAAGUGAGAUAUUCAAGUAAUAAUAAUUAAUACUGAAAUAAAUAAUGAAUCUCAGUAUAAUAAUAAUAAUAUAGUAAGCUUUCUUGAGCAAAAAAAGUUGUUUCAAGGGGCAAAAGCAAUACUCUUUGAUGACUUCCUUUAACCAGUCGUGAUUUUUUUUUCCGUAGGAAGUUAAAUAAAAAGAAUAAGGGAGUGAUAAAGUGAAUUAUGAAAAAGAAAAAAAAAAGUAAUAAUAAUAAUAAUAAUAAUAACAAACAAAUAAUGAAUGGAGUAGUAAGGACUGUCAAUACCUACGUAAUAAGUAAUAAUAACAAUAAUAAUAUACGUAUAUAAGUAAGACAAUUGUUGUUAUUAUUAUUACUUUUUUUAUUUUUUCCGAAAAAAUACAAGACAAUAUUUUUCAGCUCUCCAUCGUGUAUAAGCGUUUUUAAACAGUUAAUUAAUAAUAAUAAUAAUUGAAAUCUUGUACGCGAUAAAUUAAAAAAAAAAAAAAAUUAAAUACAAUCGUAAGGUAUUAAAAGAAAAUAAAAAAAAAAAAAGUGGGCGGCGGGUCGCGCGCUAAUCAAUUUAAUGGAUUGAUAGAAACUAAGAAUACUCGAUAAUUACUUAAGCGAUGAUAGAUAAUAAAAUAAUAAUAAUAAUAUUACUGUAAGACAAGAUAUAAACAUUUGAGAAUAGCUCAUGUUGUUUUUAUAAAACUGCUGACAAUUAAACCUGCGUCUAUUUAUUUGCUUUAUAUUUUUUUUUUCUCAAUGAAGAAAAUAAAAUAGCCGCAGGUAUUGUUUACUAAUCGAAUGUAAGAAAUUUUGAGCAAUAAGUUAAUUCAGCUAUUUAGUUAUUAUUAUUAUUAUUAUUAUUAUUAUUAUCAUUAAUAAAUAAUUACUGUAAUACUACUAUAUUUAUGGUAGCUAAUUAAUGAAAAUAAUUUAAUUUAUAUUAAAAAAAAAAAAAAUACGAUGAAAAAUAAUAAGAUUUCACUUUUCCAAAACAAUAAGUAAUAUCUUAAUAGUGAUAUAUAAAUUAGCAAGAAAGAAAAAAAUAAAUAAUAAUUAGUUAUUAAAUAAAUAAAAAUAAAAACGUUCGAGUGAUAGAUAUGAAGAGAAGAAAAAAAAAUCGUAAGAUACAAUUAAUAUAAUUAAUGAAUUAAUUAUUUAUAAUAAUUACAAUAACAUUAUUGUAACUCGCAACUUUACGAGUAUUAUUAAUUUAUAACAAUAAUAAUUAUAGUUUUACGUAUGUAUAUAUAUAUAUAUAUAUAUAUAUAUAUACAUAUAAAUUAUUCUUAAAAAUUAUCAUUAAACGAAACGUACUUACGGUCUUUCAAUAAUUGUGUCAGACCAAGCAUGAGUGAGAAUUUAUUAAAAAAGAAACAAAGAAAAUAAAAAAAAAUUGGUAUGUCAGGAUGAUAAAAAAAAAAAAAAACUAAAAACCAAUCAACAAGUUUGUAAGCAUGAGUGUGUUGAUUAACGUACUGUGUGAUCAUCAGAUCGUAUUAGACUUUUAAAUUUUAAGGAUUGAAAACAGAUGAUCGUACUUAAUCUUGUUGUUAUUAUUAUUCAAUCCAAUUAUCAUCGAUACAAUAGUUACGAUAACAAAAACCACAAACAAAAACAUACAAACAAUACAUGAACAUGACGGAUACAUAGGGUACUUCCUAGUAGUCUAGAUUAGCCUUCCAUUUUAUUUCUUUCUUUAUCCUCAUUGAUCUCCUUCUUUAUGUAUGAAAACAAAAAACGAAAAAACAAGAAAAAAAAAAAAAUAUAAAAACAAUUUUCGUUUUUUAUUUUUAUUAUUAUUAUUAUUAUUUUUUUUUGUAUCUUGAGGUACAAUAUCAGUGAAUGUCAACAGUAAUGUGUAGAUUAGAUUUUGUCGCUAACAAUAGUUGGGUAUGAAUAUUAUUAUUAUUAUUAUAAUUAUUAUAUAUAUAUAUCAUAAUAUUUAUAUUAAAUUGUUUAUAAUAGGUGAAGCAUGCUGGUUGAUUAUCAAUUUAAUUUUUUCCUUCUUUACUUUUAUUAUUCAUCCUCAGCACUAUUAUUAUUAUGAUAUUUUUUUUUUCAACUAUAUUAUUUUAAUUAUUAAAUUAAAAGAAGAAAUCAGUUCAAUCCGUAAUUUUUUUUUGUCGGUGUGAAAUAUUAUUUUUACAUUUAUUAAUAACUAUUAUUAUUAUUAUUCCAAUAAUCCUGCAUUCCUGCAAUUUACCGUCAAUUCGAAUAUAAUAACAAUAAUAAAAUCUAUUAUUAUUAUUAUUAUUAUUAUUAUUAUUAUUAUUAUAAUUAUUGUCACGAUGUAACUAAACUGCCUAGAUACUGUUGUAAUUCUCUACAUAGAUACUAGUAUUAUUAUUAUUAAUUAUUACAUAUGAUUGUGCAUCAAGCAUCGUAAUUAAUAUUGUCAUAUUAAUCUUUAUUAUUAUUGUUAUAGUAAGAAACAUAUAAAUUAUGCAUAAAUAACAUGUACACAAGACAUUGACGUUAUAAUAUACAAAUUCACACCGACAAAAAAAUACCGACUACGUUAAAAUGACGGUAGAAUUUUCACGUGCAGGAAUAAAGAUAAGGAAAAUAUGUUAUGGAUAGAGAUGAGGUGAGAUGAGGUGAGAUGAGGUGAUGUGGUCCUGCACGUAUAAAAAAGAAAACGAACCGAGCAUUUAUGUACACACAAGAAAACACACGUUCUCAAGGCAAGAUGAGCCCUCAGGCUAGAUGGGCUAGAUGGGCUGGAUAUGGAAGAGUGUUGGGAGGUUAAACUUUUGAUCCUUGUUCUUUUUUUCUCAACAUUUAUAUAUCUCCUCUAUUUUAUUUUCUAUCUCUUUUUCUCUCUGUUAUACUCAUUGGUGGUACGAUCGAUCGUAACCAGAAAGGCCAGAGGGGCCAGAGAGUAAAAAGGGGGAUGGUUUGAGCAUCCUCGAUUCCUGCGCGCGUCGAGUUUCUUCAGGACUCAGGAUAUUCAAAGGAUCGAACAAAACCAACACUCCUCCACAUUAUUAUUCUUAUUCGUGCUUCCAACCACCAUAUCUUCCUACUUAUAUCUAUACAUAUUACAUUUCCUUACACUAUUUAUUUAUUUAUAUACAUACAUCUUUUUUUUUUCUCAGCCUAUACAGCGAGGCUCUGCUAUUAUACACUACUUGAGAACGUGAGUUUAACAUACAGACCAGCAUUAUCAUACAUCAUAUGUAUAAUAUACUUAAUACACCACCAACUCGUAUAAUAUACAAGGACAGUAAUUUAGAAAAAAAAAAAAAAAAGGAAUUAAUAAAAUAAAUAAUAAUAAUUAGUUUAAAUGCCUAGUAAAAUUGCCAAUAAAGUAGUUAAAAAUUUAGUAGCUAACUUUUCUGUGUAUCAUAUAUCCCUGUAUCAUCAUCUUUACAUAUAUCCUCAAUACAUUUUAUGCCUUCUUAAAUAAUUUUACAUUAUUUAUUAUUAUCAUUAUUAUUAUUAUUAUUAUAUCUCUGUAUUAUUAGUAUUUUUAGAUUUAACUCUAUUAUUAUUAGUAUUAGUAUUAGUAUUAUUAUUAUUAUAUAUUAUAUAUAUUUUUUUUUUAAUUAGAAGCGAGUAUUUAUUAUCAUUUCCUAACUCAUUUAUUAUUAUUUUUCUGGGUGCUGUAUUUGUGACAUUGGCCUGUGUGUUUUACCAAUGCCAAGUAGACUAUUGCAGGAUUAACUUGUUAACUGGCUUAUUAUACUAUCAUUAAUAUAUGUGCAGUAAGUCCGUUAACUUGUUAACUUGUUCCUAUUCUUAAAACUGUCUUCUAAUCUAUGUCUUUUUCGUUUAUUUCAGUAUUAUAAUCAGCAAGUCAUUAACUAAUUUUUUAGUUUAUUUUUAAAUUUCAUUAAAUUGAACAAUAACUGAAAAGAUAUAGAUAGAAUGUGCCAAUUAAUUAUUUGUUAAAUUAUUAUUAUCUUAAAAAAAAAACAACAAGUGCGGUUAAAGUUGCGUAUAAGGCCAGCAGGAAUUGUGUAGAGCAUGCAUUAGACUCUAGCACCUCUAACCAGCAACAAAAUAUUUUUUUUCGAUUUUUAUUUUUCGACUCCUUACAACGACCUUCAAACAACUCCAAAGUUUCCCUUGUAAAUACAUAACAUAUCCAAGCUGUGUAAGGAGAAUAAUGAAGAGGGAGUGCAAACUAUAUACAUACAUAGUUUAUCAUAUGAAUGUGUGUGUGUGUGGGUAAGAAAAAGAAAAAAAAAAGAGAGAGAAAAUAAACGUGCAAAUGUGUGUAUAAUCUAGAUGCUCUACAAAAGCUUUUGGAGGUAACAUAGUAGGCAGAAAGCUCUUUAGUAAGUUGAUAAACUUGUUUUAUUCUUUAUGUCUUUGUUGGACACACUACCCGAGUGCCUUAACUAUUCUUUUACUCAAUUUUUUUUCCUGUUAAAAAUAAUUAAAAAAAAAAAAAAAUUGGAUAUCAUCUUAAAGGAUAACAAAAAAAUAAAUAUCAAAAG